GUGCUUAUGAACGCAGCGUAGGAUAACAGAACCGAUUUCAAGGCUACGCUUCAUCUGAAGUACUCGGUACAAUCGAGGCUAGCCAUGACGGACGAAAUACAUCUGAAAUACAGCAAACGCUCGGAUGAAUUAGAUGAAGUUGGGCAGUUAUAUGGAAAGUCGAACCCUGCUUUCCACACGGAUGUUGACACUACUUUGGACGGAAAACAUGGGUUCGAUUUGAAUGUGACUCUGAAUGAAGAGGAAAGUUUACCUCGAAAGGUAACGCAAACAGCUAAUGAAUGGGGUCAGCACGAAGUAAACAGUGAUGACGAGGAGGAUGAGGAGGAUGGGGAAUACAGCAGAUAUGCGCGAUUCGUGAACAACAUUCAAACCAGUGUAGGGUCGGCGUACAAACAACACAAAAGUGCAAUAUGGACCCUUGUCGGAAUCCUUAUAGCCGGGCUCUACACCGCCUACUUUCUCUACGCCAUGAUUAAAUUCUUUGACCCCAAUGAUGAGGGAAUGGUACGGUUGCUAUGGUUCAGCGUGCUCGUUGGGGUGCUUGUUAUUUAUAUGGUGUUCUGGACCCGGCUCAGUAAGGCGUGCUUCGGCGAGGUGUCAUGCAUGGCGCACUGCAGCCCCACGGUCAUCAGAAGACUAAAUAAUGUCAUUUACUGGUUCUUGGUGAUCGGUACAACCGUUUUCGUUCUGGUGUAUUUGGUGAUAGAAGUGGCACUUAAGAGACCAGACAAUCUGAGAUCGGCAGCGGGAAUCGCCCGCCUUCGUCCUUGUCUUCUACGUCUUCUCCUACAAGCCCGCAAAAGUAACGCUUGCAACAGCAUCAUAACUUAAUAUUACUAUAUGAUA